GUCAGUGUCAUUAGAGCUCGUCACUUCCGCACUCAGUGUGUACCUGUAACCAUAGUGACGAAAGAGGAAGUGUUAUCCGCGCUGUUUGUUUGAUGAAUUAGAAUAAAGCGCAGACGAAAACAUUAAAGCUUUACGUUUCAAAGUCGAGUACGUUCACAAGCGAUGGAUUCGGUACUUCUGCAUGGAGAAGCCGAAGGUUAUAUUCAGAGUCUGGAGAAGAUGGCAUUGCGUGAUAUCGGAAGCACAAAGUGGUUUCGCCAGCAUGAGUACAUUGAGAAGCUGAAUAUGCAAGCUAUUCUGAAUGCCAGUGCCAACCAGGAGGAAUUCAUAAAAGACCUGUUUGUUUCUCUUGGAAAGAUCCCCACACUGGUGCAUGCAAUGAUACUUACAGAAGUCUGGAAAUAUAAAGUGUUUCCCAUAAUUUGCAAACUCCAGGACUUUAACCCAAAGAGCACAUUUCUUCUCUACAUGGUGAUUCACCACGAAGCUACCAUCAUAAACCUGCUGGAAACAAUUAUGUACCACAAGGAGUCCAGCGAGGCUGCUGGUGAUAGUGUACUUGAUUUAGUGGAUUACUGUCAUCGCAAACUCACACUGCUGGCAGGACGCUCUGUUUCUGGAGAGAUCCCGACGGAGGACCAAGUUACACACACACAGCUGUCAGACACGACAUCUGUACAAGAUGUGCAAAGACAAAGUGACAUGUUAGAGUUUGAAAUCUCUGUCAAGGCUCUGUCAGUAUUGUGCUACAUCACCGAUCACAUUGAGAGUUUGAGUUUGAGUGUGCUCUCGAGGAUGCUGUGCACUCAUAAUAUGCCCUGUGUGCUGGUACAAUUAGUGGAAAAUUGCCCCUGGAACAAAGGAGCACUGGAGAAGUACACAGAGGGGAAGUGGAGAACCGUCCUGCCUGAAGAUCAGCUAAAGCUGAGUAAACAUGACGGCCAGGUGUGGAUGGCUUUACUGAACCUGCUCCUCAAACCAGACUGCCAGAGGAAAUAUGAUUUCAAUAACUUUAACAAAACACAGCUCUUAAAGCUCCGUGGGUUUUUGACAGACGUUGUUAUAGAUCAGUUACCAAAUCUACUUGAUCUCAGGCAUUUUCUCAGUCAACUUGCUAUCACAGAUCCAGCAGCCCCUAAAAAAGAUCUCAUCUUGGAGCAGGUAUUCCAGCAAACACACACCUAUAUACAGUACUACCAUUCAAAAGUUUGGGGUCAGUAAAAAAAAGUUUUUUUAAAAGAAGUUAAUAUUUUUAU